AUGCGCGGUGGAGCAGAUGGCACUGCUGCUGCUGCUGAGGACGAUGGUGGUAUUGAGGAGGUCCUUCCGCGCCUCACGAGUGGUGACGCCAUUGCGUGUGUGCGCUUUCUGAUGGGAUGGAUGGACGCCGAACCGCGGACGGCAGUCGGGCAGCUGCAUCACCGCCUUCUUGCUUUCACUGACAAAGGGCAGCGAAACAUUAUUAAUAAUAACAACAAGGGCGGAAAAAACGACAUUUACGAUGAGCAGACGUCGCUCUCGGCGUACACGUUCCAAAUGGAGCUGCUGCCGUCGAUGGUGCAGUGUCUCUCGGAGAGUGUGACGUGCGGCCCAACGCGCACGUCAGACCCGUCACAGGUGCGCAACGCGUUGCUGCACGUCAUGUCAGACGGACAUGCUGGAAACUCCCGCAACCGCCACGCGGCCUCUGCGCGGGCAAUGGCGGUGGCAGAGAAACUACUUGCUGCUGCCCGUAGCACACAGUACCGCAGCCCAGUUGUCCUGCUGCUUUUUCACCCAAACGAGGCGGUCCGCACGUGGGCGCGGGAGACAAUACUGCGCCUCGUUAAUGUGGCCUUCUCUUCCGCCUCUGUGGGCAGUACGGCGGAAGCAGCAGCCCACAACGCGUGGCUCCUUGGGAUGCAGCUUCUCUGUACGAUUAGGCACCUUGCGUGUAUCCCGCUCAAUGUGCGGGAGGAAGGUCCGCGAGGAGUUGUUGCGGAUGGCUUCUGUGGCCUCCUGGCUGUCCUAACAGCGGUGGACACAAAGCUUGCGGUGCUUGAGCGGACCCUGUUGCAGGACGCAGCUGCUGCUGGCCAGGCAGCCCCGGUGCUAUUUCACGGUGUGUCAAGUGCAACAAUUGCUUUGCUUGGCGGCAGCAUGGUGCUGGAUUGGCUCCUCGCUGCCUCAUCGCCGUCGUCCUUGUCGGCUCCGUCGGGUGACGCACCGACAACAACAACAACAACGCCACUGGCACAGGGGUUGGCGGUAGCACUUAACCUUCGACUAGGCGCUGAGACGACACUCCAGCCCCUCUCACUCGCUCUGGACACGCGACGGACACUCGUGAAGACACUCGUACACUGUCUGCUCGACAACGCCAAGCGUGCCGUCACGACCUCAGAGAGCGAGAGAGCGCGGUGUCAGCGACGCAUGCGGGAUUUGUGGUGUGUCGCAGCGCACAUCGACCCGCCACCAUCAUCAUCACCAUCGCCAGCAGCAGGAACCAAGACAACAGCUGCCGGGGCGGCGUGCUGCCCGCCAGGAAAGUCGGCCGGGUGGUUGCUGCGCUUCCUCAUACGCAACGCAUCCGUGCAGCUCAAUUUGCGGGUGGCUGUGCAAGGCGCGGCGGACAGCAGCAGCGACAACGAGUCAAGGCUGCGCACGAUGGAAACCGCCGUGCACGCCCUCGGUGGUAUGCUGACGGCACUGAGCGGCGCACUCCCCGACCUUGCCACCUCACUCUUUUACCACGACUUUUUGAGAUCAAUACAGAAAGACUGCGUGACACUCGCUGUUGGCGUUGCCCUGCGCUCCAAAGAUCCCCGUGCCGCGCUGACACUUUUGCGGCAUUUUAUGCAGACAGACUUGGCGGUCUUUGGUCGUUGCCAGCCGCCGCACCCUGGCGAGUGCCUUCGCGCCGCGUGGGAGGCUCUGCCAGACAUGGUGCAGCGAAUAGCGAAGCUGCCUGAUGAAAGGGCACGUCUGUCGUCACCACCGCUCCUCCCGCAGACGAUGGAGCUCUUUGACUUGACACUGGCGCAGUUGUCUGUGUGUGCGUGGCUCCUGCUCAAGCCGCUGAAGGAUGGGCCGCCGCCACUGGCGGGGGUGGUGGGCAAAUGCAUGCGGCGUCUCACGGAGGUGGUGCAGGGAUCUAUGAAGAACCUGCAGCGGCAGUGGGAAGCCGUGACCGGCAACAGCAAUAGCAGCAGUCUGUGCGAGGCGUCGGCGGCAGCCGCAUCGCGUCUUCUUUCCUCUGGCUCGCCUAUCCCUCGUGUGGCACAUGUGUUGAUGAUGUCGAGUGACGUGGUGGUGCGGAGUCUUGGGGAGGCUCUUUCUGCUUUGUUCCUCCACUCCUUCACACCCGUCGUGCACAACACGUUCCGUGCAGACGCUGCCAACUGGUUGCUGCAGGCGGCUCUCCACGACCCCGUUCUGCAGGCGCACCCGUUGAAGCUCCACAACGCCAAGGUCGAUGCCGUUGCUCGUUCCAGCGGCGUGGCGUGGACAACAGUGAUGUGUGGGUGUAACUGGAGCAACCUGCCACACGAAGCCCUGGCGGCAUCAUGGUGGUUGUGUGCACUGCUUGCCGAUGUGUGCAUACUGGAGAAGGAAAUGCGCCACCGGCUGCUGGAACUCGUCAUUACACAGCUUCCGUCUAUUUUUGAUGUGCCACCGGCACGUGCGGCUAGCAAUGACGCUGUGGCGUCGGAGAGUUCUGCAAGCCUUACUCCUGGUGCUGUGGAUAGUGACACUGCAAGCCACCGGAUCGCCCAGCAGCCGCUUCGUCAGUGCGCGCAGCGCCUUUUGCUUGUACUUGUGCAGAAGUGCUCCUUGUACGAUGUGUCCACGUUUUGCAGUGCGGUUCUGCAUGUCGCCAGUGCACAGCCGCCGCCCACGCGGUCGCAGCCUGACGUGGUCUUCAGGAACGCCCUCUCCACUGCAUUUGUUGCCGCGCUGCAGCAACUGCCGGAGGAGGCGCGGAACACACUGACGGAGUAUGCCCCCGCAUGGCUGGUGGAUAUUCUUAGCUCGGCGCGGCGCAACAUCAAUGAUUCUGUGGCGGACCAGAACCGUCGCUUUCAGGAGUACGAGUUUGAGGAGAAGCGGCUGAAGCAGCUGGAGGAGGAGGAACAGAAGCGGGUGCAGCAGGAGGAGGCGAUGUGUCGUGCCAAUCGAGAGCUGCGGCGACACGAGUUGGAGCACCAGCGAGGGGAGGGGACUACGUGUGCCGCCUCUCGUGUCAUCCUCCCAAAUAGCGGUUUGAAGCGGGUGCGUGAAGCGGAGGAGCCGCGGUUGCCGUCGUUGCUAAUUGCGCAAACCCCGUCCGCUACGGAUGCUUCUAAUGUGUUGGUAACGUCAGAGCUUUGCCCGCAGCAGCAGCAGCGAUUGCGCGUGGAGCAGACUGUCGCCGCCGAAACCGUCCCGGGUGCACAACAACGGUCAGAAGCGUCCAGGCGCGCCACACCACUGCAAAAACACUUGCAGCAACUUGGGGAACGGCGGCUGGACGCGUACAUCCGGGCGGAGAACUUGGGCAACUCGGCAGAAGCCAUUCGGCGCGUGGCUUGCAGCACCGAUGUGCUCCGGCGCCCCAUACGCGUAGACGACAUCAUUGGCCAUGGACGGAGUUGCCUGGCCAGAGAAGUACCCCACAUUCCACAGAUUUUUCCGGCGGCUCUGCAACGUGGCUGUGAUUUCUACGUGUCGUCAUUCCUCCCGCACAUUGCACUGGAGCUGCGGUACGAACUACUACACAAGUUCGACGAGAUGGUGGACGUGUGCCGAUCCCGUGAGUCUGCUAAGGGGUAUGGGAGUGGCGAAAACCGAGGCACUCCGUCGGCCAUGCGGAGCCGUGUCGCGAGUGCCAGCGUGAAGGGACCGCCGUCGGUGUCGGCGUGGGUAGUGGAGAACGCAACGGCCGUGAUGGCGGCGGGCGCCGCGGUUCCUAAUAUGUUGGAGCCUGCGAAGCUGGAGUUCGCCGUGAUGCCGAAAGUCACUCCAGGUGCGGCGCCGGUGGUGGCAUCGCUGAUCGCAGCACUCUCAGAAGGCGACGUUGUUGUAGUACUUCUACCGCUACCCCGAGUGACUGCCUCACUGCCGCAUUUGUUAAAUACCGUCGAUGGUCUGCCGGAGGCGUGGCGUCUGCUGGGCUGUAUUCCGCAGUUGUGUGUUGUCACAUUGCUCCAACCGGGGCAGCGCACCGCCACACUCACGAUGUUCACGCCGGCGUCACAGUCGUUUAGCUCGGCAGCGGCUAGUGGUGGUAAUGGUGGUGGUGCUGGCGCCGUGCCCGUGCCAUUUUCACACGCUCUGCGGGUGUUCCUCACGUCGAAGGAACACUUCUACGUCAAGCGUCUCAUUCCACUCGGCCCGUCCCUGGCCUCUGUUGCAGCUAUGCACAACAUUCAGCGCAAGGCGUUUCUUAACACACUGCUGGAGCCGCAUCUAGCUGCCAAAGGCUGCCGCGCAUACCACAACGCCGUUAAGCGGGAGCUGCUAAUGGGCGAUCGCUGGGACGCACUUACACGUGGCAUUCUGCUGCACAGCUCCCUGAAUGAGUGGCAGAUGCGCGCCAUUGCUUCUGUCCUCACCGCAGCGGUGCCUGGAUGGGAGACGGAGACGCUUCGAACACUGCUGCCAAGCACCAUCUUACCGAUGCCGCCGGAUCUCUUCAUCAUUGAAGGGCCACCAGGAACAGGCAAGACACAGACCAUCGCGGCCCUCACGCUUAAUUUGCUGCAUUAUCUUCCCAAGAGUGGGCGUCGGGUGUUGGUGUGUGCGGCGUCGAACUGCGCUGUUGACGAAGUUUUGUUACGAGUUCAGAGCCUUGCAAAGCGUGUGCCACAGCUUGGGGAGCUGCAGCUACUGCGCGUCGGGGUGCGGGAGAGUGUUGAUCGGGAGGUUCUAGCCGCCACACCGCCACUUUUUCUUGAUGACUGUGUGGGGAUGUUGAGUGACGCUUCGCAUACGUCGCGGUCGGUGACAACGGGACGGGUGGUGCGCAAUGGAAACACAGAUGGUGUCAACAACGGCAAUGGCAGCAGCAGCAGCAACGGUGGUAGUGGGCGGCAAAUGCUACGCGAUCAGUUGCUGCGGGGGGCCCACGUGGUGUGCUCCACAUUGGGUUCGCUGAGUCAGCUGCAGCGCCUCGACUGCCUCUUCGAUAUGGUGAUUGUCGAUGAGGCUUCGCAGGGUACGGAGCCGGACGUGCUGCAGGCGCUGAUGUUCGCAAAGCGGCGUGCGGUGCUCGUCGGCGACUCAAAGCAGCUGCAGCCGACUGUGCUUUGCCAGGCCGCCGCGGUGCGUGGGCUGAAGCGCAGCCUGCUGCAGCGGUUGCUACACCAGGGCCACCGCUCGUCGCUGCUGAGAACGCAGUAUCGCAUGCACCCCGACAUCUGCGCCUUCCCAAACCGCUACUUCUACGGUGGAAAGUUGCACACGCAUGCCAGCGUGCUGUCGCGGCAACUCGUUGCGCCGUCGAACGCGCUGCCGAUGCUGACCACCAUGGGGAAGGCGCCGCGCCUUGCCUUUGUGAACGUACAGGACGGGCGGAUGGAGUGGGGCAGAGGCCGCUCGCUGAUGAACCGGCGCGAGGCAGAGGCCGUUGUAACGCAGAUGCGCCGUUUUCGCGCGUUUCUGCGGCUCUCACCGGAGGCGUUCGCCCCUCACAUCGGCAUCAUCACUUUUUACCAGGCGCAGAGGGAGGCCAUCGUACGGCUGCUCUCACGUGAGGAGCGCAGCAGCGAGUUGCAGAUCGCCACCGUCGAUAGCUUCCAGGGGAAGGAGAAGAAUAUCAUCUUCAUCAGCUGUGUCCGCGCCCCACAUGCCGCCGCCGCACGCACGGAUGGGGCCGUGACACUCGGCUUCAUGGAGGACUGGCAUCGCAUUAACGUCUCCCUCACGCGUGCGAAAGAGUUCUGUGUGGUGUUCGGUCACCGGCAGACAUUCCAUGACGCUGCGGCGAGUGCGGCGAUGCAGCAGCAGCAGCAGCAGCAGCAACAAGAGGACUUGACGCCGUCAGGUCUUGCGGGUGAUGCUCAUGUGGAAGGGAACAGUGACAGUGAUGGUGACGCUGUGCAGGAAGUUGUGGCGCCGAUGCCAAAAUCCGAUGACGAUCCGUUUGUGAUUGAACGCCUGGCGCAGCGCGUGGAGUACCUUUCCGCACAGCAAGAAAAGCAGCAGCGGCAACAGUCACAAGAAGCCCUCGAAAAUGGUGAGACUGCAGCGUUUUUCACUAACAGCGGGGAGCUGCACUUGCUGAGGGAGCUGCUGCUGGAUUCAUAA